UUUAUGGCACACAGUCUAAAUCCGGAGGAUGUCUUAAAAUUCGUACACUGUUUAAAAUACAUAUUAAGUGGUGUGAGCACCAUUUUGUUUCCAAACACUAUUUACGUCAAAGGUGGAAAAAAUCUAAUUAAAUUAAAUGCAAACCCAGACAAGUUAACCUAUGAUUUAUUUUGUCCAGAAACCAGCUGCAGGUCUCCAGGAGACAAACAUAGAAGCUCGUGGUUCCCAAAUUCUCAUCUACAAGGUAAAGCACUCCCGGAUUUGGGGUCGGCGAGUCAGAUGGCGCUGGCGGCUCUGUGCCAGCCUUGGAUUCGGUUCCUGCAUUAUGACAUCUCCAUGUUCCUGGAGUACUGCUUUCCCACCAUAUUCCAUGAGACGCAGGACCAGACUGGCAGAGAACGCAGGCCUGACAAGAUGGGGCAGCAAAGGAAUUCAAUAGAAAAUGAAUAUAGAAGUGUUAGCUACCAUGAAGGGACAACAAAUCUUAGAAGAAACAAAAAGAGGUUUAUUCAUCCCAGCCAAGUGUCACAAUUGGCUGGUGGUCCUCAGUAUGAUGCCACGGCCCCCCUGGAGAUGCUGCAGCACCGAGAAGUAUACAAGGUUUACCGAAAGACAGUGCAAAACACAGAAGAACCAGAGCUUCUAAAAGCCCUGGAGCUCCUUCAUGCUCUAACAGAUGCUAAGGGAGACCGGAGAUUGUUGGACUUAGUGCAGAAGACCUUGGAGCUUGACAGCUUUCAGAAGCCAUUUGCAAAAGGACUUGGGAAACGCAUAGAAAAUGAACUUUCAAAGGGUAGAAUAAGCAGACCCUGCUUGGGGGAAACCAUUAGCUUCCUCGGUGGGCUCCUAGCAGAGUCAUUUGGUAAAUUUUGGAGUGAAAUGGCGGGGAGGCUAAAGGACUAUGGAGUGGAAGAGACUGGAAAUGAGGGUUGGAUCCGUCUUAAACCAAUUCUUAAGGUUAUAUCCACCAAAAUUAUCAUCACGCGCCUCCAUGGUAGAAAGAAUAACAACUGUCACCCUGUAAAGACACAGCCGAGUGAAGAAGACAAGGCCACGUUUAACCGGGCAAUUCAAGUAGCUUCUCAAGGGUGGCCUACACCAGAAGUGCUACAUUUUCUAAGGCACCUUCAGACUUAUGGACCCCAAGAGGACCUCCCACUUUUAGAAAACAACCUGUUCUGCUGCCUGGAGGUGCAGAAGUUCAGAAAUGUCCAUCAUGCCAUGCCAGAUCGAGUGUUGCUCAAGAAGAAGGUCAAGGUGAUAAAGGAGAAAUUUCUGUUCCCACUAACAAACCCGGUCCUGCAGUUAUCCUCAGAAAUACUCCAGAAAUCCCUACAAGACACAGAAAGUGCAGAGCAGUCAGAGAUUCCUUCAUUAGCUGUUUUCAACCAUCUUCAGGACUCGCUCUGUGACUCACUGCUUCCUUUCUGGGCUGGCUUUCGGAAGGCAUGGCAGAUCCGCUCGCCGGCCAGUGCCCAGAGACUCCCAUUACUUCGAGUGCAGCAGAUGUUAAGGAAACGUUUGGCCCUAUUUGAGAUGGAAGAACCUUCUGUGAAAACUUUCCAUUUACCACCCAUUCAGCAUUCGUCCGAGAGCAAGUUCCCCUCUACUGUUACCUUCAGCUUUAGUAUUAGUCAAGGAAUCACCAUAAAGGAGAACAGCGAACAAGACAGAGACACACAGACUCCCAUGGCACGGGAAGAUGGUACGAUAUCGCAGAUUGGACAACUGCCACCUCUGAUCAGAACAUCUCCAAAUAGAUUACCUGUUGAUAGAACGUAACUCAACAAACAGACUUGUCUUUCUAAAUUUUUUUAUUUUUUUUACUUUGAACUGAUGGCCAACCUGACACAGCAGAUUUGUGUCAACUACAUUUUCCAAGAUGCUCACCCAACCUGAACUCUGUAUGAUACAGCUGCAAUCUUAAUGAUCAGAUCAAAUACACCCACACUAUACUAGAUUCGUACUCAGUGAGUGCAUGGUGUGUAUGAUCCAAUAUAAAGUAAGAGGGGAACUACAUGACCUCUAAAUCACUGCUACCCUUGUAAAAGUGACUUAUAGUCGAAAAGAAAGAAAAUAUUUGAUAACAUUCAAGCGACUCUGUCAUGGGCUCAGCUUUUU